CCCCAUGUACUGUAAUCUAUCCGAGUACCAAAGUUUAGCGAAAUUAGGUCAGCUCGGGGGGCAGAUACUGUACAAGAUUGUGAGGUGACUUUCCAAACGUGGAUAAAAUCUUAGAAAAGGUGUAUAAAAAGGAAACGACGCCAGUUUUUUCACGCUCCGUGCAGAUACUUGUUUGUGCAGUGAGAUAAAACUCAUCAUGCUGAACCUUCUCAGUGUGGUAAACGGUGGUCGAGUCUUCAGAGGGAUUCACCGUCUAAAGCCAUGUCUGUCUCAGUGCGCACUGCAGGCAGGAGGCCGGCUGGAGGGAGCGGAUCUGAACGUUGCUCCGAGAAGGCUGAUGUCUGAGAAGCGGUUUAAUGUCCCACCCAGCGCGGAGUUUGUGGCUCGAAUGUCUGGAAUAGCGACCAUGGCCAAGUUGCCGUACCAAGAAACGGCUGAAGGACUGGACGCAGCGUUUAUAGGGGUGCCCAUCGACACCGGCACCUCCAACAGGCCUGGGGCAAGAUUUGGUCCUCGGCAGAUCAGGUCAGAGUCGAUCAUGCUGAGAGCGUUCAAUAGUGCCACCAGAGCAGCUCCCUAUGAAUCCCUGAUGGUUGCAGAUAUCGGCGAUGUCAACGUAAACGUGUAUGACCUCAAAGACACCUGCAGAAGGAUCCGAGAAACGUACCGCAAUGUUGUAAAAACUGGCUGCAUACCCCUGACAAUGGGAGGUGACCACACGAUCGCAUACCCGAUUCUGCAGGCAGUGGCUGAAAGACAUGGUCCGGUGGGUCUGAUUCACGUGGACGCUCAUGCAGACACUGGUGAUGUGGUUCUGGGGGAGAAGAUCGGUCACGGGACGCCCUUCAGGCGCUGCGUGGAGGAGGGUCUGCUCGACUGUAAGAGGGUCGUCCAGAUCGGGCUCAGAGGGACCGGCUACUCUCCAGACAACUACGCAUGGAGCAGAGCUCAGGGGUUCCGUGUGGUCCAGGUAGAGGAGUGCUGGCAUAAAUCUCUGGUACCACUCAUGGCUGAGGUUCGGACGCAGAUCGGCUCGGGGCCGGUGUACCUCAGCUUUGAUAUAGACGCUCUGGAUCCUGCGUUUGCUCCAGGCACAGGAACACCUGAGAUCGCAGGCCUCACACCCAUACAGGGUUUGGAGAUUAUCCGAGGGUGCCGAGGCCUGAACCUCGUGGGCUGUGACUUGGUGGAAGUUUCCCCACCAUAUGACACUACAGGCAACACGGCUCUGACUGCAGCGAACCUCCUUUUCGAAAUGCUGUGUGUCCUUCCCAAGAUAAAAUACUACGAUUAAAUAUGUGAAAUGGUCAGUCUUAAGGGUCACAGGUCUCUGUCUCUGACAGCAGGACGGCCCUGAGCGCUGUAAUAAAAUAACAGCGAGGAGCCAGAGGCUACGAAACAAGCCAAAAAUCUGUGUCUAUCAUGUUGGCUUUAAGAAAUUUGUCACCGUGAACUGUUGCCAUGAUCUCUUAGCUCACAGGCCAAAUGUCGCCUGUGGACAGCCUUUGUUUUAAAGGGAAAUUCCACCAGUUUUUCCACCAGUUGUUUACAGUGGUGGUGACAGGAACCAGACGUCUUAAGAUGUCUGAGAAUUCAACUGAUUUUUUACAAUUUUGAAGUGAAGUGCUCUAUUCUAGAGUAACUUACCGAGUCUGAAUCUUUUACAGUGGUGGUGACAUGAACCAGACAUCUGAAGAGUUUCAUGUUUCUAAAAGCUCCCUAACAGAGACUUAUUACAUGAAAUGGGUAUAAAUAUACUGGACAAGGCCUGAGACAUUGUUUUAUGAUACUUUUGAGAUACAUUUUUGGACAAAAUUUGUUUUUUUUUGUUUAAAUGUAUUCAUGGAGGAGGGGGAGGGGUAUAUGCAGGGUGCUAUGAGGCAUAAUAGUAACAAAAAAUCAUUUUUUUUAGAUUUACCACUAUGUUACCAUCAUCAAAAUUCCAUUUAAAAACUCAGAUGUGGUGGUUUUGGAUAGUAAAUAAAAUGGCUGUUUUUGUGUUGUAGACAUUGUUACCCCUGGUUCUUAUCAGCACCACUGCAAAGUAAUCUGAAGCAGUCAGUUUCUCUACAUUCAACAUCAAACUACUCUGAAUGACUUACAUCUCAUUUACAUCUUCGUAAUUUAUUUAAUUAAAUUAUACAGACACUUUGAAAAAUGUGUGGACUUUCCCUUUAACGCUCCCUCACAGAAAGAUAUUACAUGAAAUUACAGCUUAGAGCUACAUGUAGGGCAUUGUGAGACAAAAGAACCCCCCAAAAAAUUGGAUUUAAUUGUUUGGAUUCAACUCUGUUUUACAUCAUCAACAUUACAUAUAAAAACUCAGAAGACGUGUCGGUUCACUGGUGGUUUUGGAUAGUAAAUAAAAUGGCUAUAUUUGGGUUGUAGGCAUCACAAUUCCUGGAUCCCAUCACCACCACUGUAAAGAAGUUAAUAAGCAUUUCACAUCAAACAACUCUGAAUUACUUUGUUUACCAUGAAAUUAGGGAGAAAUUUUGAAACAUCUGUUGAAUGCCCCUUCAAUGUGCACUGUACAUACAGUAUUUGUUUGUAUUCUGUCUAGAAAUUGUCAUUUUAACACAGUGCCCUGCAACAUUGUUACACAUGCUAGCAGCACAACAGAAAUACAGCAUUAAUGUCACAGAAUCAAAUAAGACAUUAAUUAAAACCACUGAAAAAGUAAGUUUAGCAAAGCUUUUCAUUAGCCUUACCUGCUUUAUUGUGUUCGAUUCAGUCUGUCAACUUCGAUAUGGAAAAAAUGAAAUGAUAGUUAUGGAAAUAAACCAUUUUAUUAUGUUCUAAUAGA